AUGGAAACUGACAUCAAGACAAAUGACAACACCAAGACGGUCAGCAAGACUGAGGCAAAUAGCCACAAAGAGGACAUCGUAGCUGGUCCGAAAAGUGAAAUGAAGGGCCGUAAGAAGUUACUGUCUGCCUGUUCCCUGUCCAAACUGAAGAUAUUUUUGAUAAUGUUACAUUUAGCUUAUCUGUCCAAGACUAUGUCUGGGGCGUACAUAAACAGCAUGCUGACUCAGAUUGAAAGGCGUUUCAACAUCCCUGCCUAUCUGGUUGGAAUUAUCAAUGGAGCCUUCGAAAUGGGUGACCUGCUGGUGAUCGUCUUUGUGAGUUACUUGGGAGCAAAACUUCACAGGCCACGCAUGAUUGCGCUUGGAUGUGUAACCAUGGGCUUGGGCUGUGUUUUGAUAGUACUGCCUCAUUUUCUAAUGGGGAGGUAUCAGUAUGAAAACACUGUUUCCUCUUCUGAAAAUGCUUCUUCAAGUAUGGCAGUUUGCCUUGCAAAUCAAAGUGACAUAUUCAAACCUGCCCCGUUACCUUCAAAAGAAUGUGAGAAUCAAGAAGGAUCCUUGAUGUGGGUGUUUGUACUGAUAGGAAACAUCGUACGAGGAAUAGGUGAAACUCCCAUCGCACCUUUAGGCAUCUCCUAUCUAGAAGAUUUUGCAAGAUCAGAAAAUUCUCCAUUCUACAUAGGCUGUCUACAAAUAGCAACUGUCGUGGGUCCUUUACUUGGUUUACUGAUUGGCUCCUAUUGUGCCACGUUGUAUGUGGACAUUGGAUUCAUAAACCUGGAGGAGGUGGCAAUAAACCUCACGGAUGCCCGUUGGGUCGGUGCCUGGUGGCUGGGAGUUCUAAUAUGUGCCUUUGUGAAUUUCCUUGUUGCGAUCCCUUUCUGCUUCUUGCCCAAGACUCUGGUAAAAGAAGGAGAAGAAAACAACAUCGAAGCAACAGCCAAAAGAAACACAUCCCUCUUGCAAGCAGAAAACACAGGCCAGGCAAAAAUAAAAUUGCGUGAACUUUACAAGGAUUUUGUUCCCUACCUGAAGAGUCUGCUUCACAAUUGGGUUUACAUGCUUUUCCUUUGUAUCACUGUAAUUCAGUUCAGUGGUUGGAUCGGGAUGUUUAUCUUUAUGCCCAAAUACAUGGAGCAACAGUAUGGAAUCUCUGCAUCGGACGCCAUUUUCUACAUAGGUGUAUACAAUUUACCAGUCAUAUGUGCUGGGUAUUUUUUUGGAGGCCUGAUGAUGAAGAAAUUCAAGACAAACAUAUAUCAAGCUGCCCACAUAGCGUUUUGGAGUUCCUUAAUUGAAUAUCUCAUCUAUUAUUCUGCUUUUGCUAUGAACUGCAAGAACUCUUCUGUUGCUGGUUUAAGUGUCUCUUAUGAAGGGAUAGAUCAAUUGUCCUACACAGAUGCAUACUUGUACGCUGAAUGUAACCGUCACUGCAAUUGCUCUACAAAGACCUGGGACCCUGUUUGCGGAGAGAACGGAAUUACGUAUGUUUCAUCAUGUCUCGCUGGAUGUGGCAUAUCCAAUGGAACUGGGAAAAACACAGUCCUUACAAAUUGCUCCUGCAUUUCGGCACCAGGAUUUCUGCUGGGGAACGGUUCGGCACUGCCAGGACAGUGCCACAGAGGGAAGACGUGUGACACAAUGCUGCAAUAUUUCUUAAUUUUAUCCUUAAUCUGCUGUUUGAUUUAUUCGUUUGGAGCCAUGCCAGGUUACAUGGUUCUCAUAAGAUCCCUAAAGCCUGAGGAGAAGUCAUUUGGUGUUGGUCUCCACUCCCUGGCAGCAAGACUUUUUGCUGGAAUCCCAUCACCUAUUUAUUUUGGAGCUUUGAUUGACAGCACAUGUUUGAAAUGGGGAACAAAGACUUGUGGUGGAAUAGGGGCAUGUCGGAUGUAUGAUAGUGACAGAUACAGAUUGUUAUACCUUGGAUUGCCAUCAGCUCUCCGGGCGGUGUCCUACAUCCCAUGUGUGUUUAUACUCCUCAUUUUAAGGAAACAGUCCAAGGAUCAGGGAAGGCAGGACCUAGAAUUGGAAGCCAAAGAAGAGAAAAGUGAAGAAAGUGAGCAGAAGGAAAUGGCCGCCUUUCAGAAAUGUACAGACCCACAGCAAGAGACAGUAGAAACAACAGUGAAUGAAAAUGUGGACCUCAAAAAAGACUGAUGAGAAAAACCUGUAUCCCAAAGCAAUGAGAUACAGGUAUUUGGAAUACACACAUUUAAUACUCCAGACAAUAGCGGGCAACUAAAAUGGGUACAUUU